AUGUUCCGCCCAACGCGGGAGGCUUGUUUGGCUGACCUGCUUAGGGGUAAGGGUACCGUUGUACCGGGCAACGCUCGAGGUGACGUGCCGAUAGUGCUUCUGGCAGAGCACACUACAGGGCGGUGGAUCUUCUACAUCAACUUCCCCAUCUGUGCAUACUCCCUCAUCGCCGUGCCCGUUCUUUUAACCCUGAAGCCUCCUACACGCACGUUUGCCGAAAAGCUUCAACUUGUCGACUGGCUGGGCGGUUUUCUUUUCAUCGGCUCUAUGGUGACGUUCCUGGUCGGUCUCUCCUGGGGUGGCAAUGACUUUCCUUGGCGCAGUGCACAGACUCUCGUGCCGGUUUUCAUUGGCGCCGCCGGAUUGAUGACCACGCUGUUCUACGAGCAUCGUUUCGCCAAAGUCCCGUUCUUGAAGAGGACACUCUUCACAGAUAUGAGCUCCAUCACCGUUUACGUUCUUGGUCUCCUUCAAGGAUUUAUCCUCUAUGGCCAACUCUAUUACGUCCCGUUCUACUUCCUCUCAGUCAAACAGAAGACGCCGACCAUGGCGGGCGUGGCAAUGCUUCCGGUAACGCUCUUGCUGGUUCCUGGCUCCAUCAUCUCA